GAAAAAUUCCCCCUGUCAUUAGAGAGCAACCUCACCCCGCAGCCUGGCUGAAUCCAGAUAGCUGCAACUGAAGCAGAAAGUGCAGCUGUGCAUAUGCUCAGACUUUCCUUUGCAGCUGGCCAGUUACGUACGCACUUGCCUGGAGUCAUGAUGCAGCCCCGCUCCGCUGCUGGAGCCCCGCUGCUGUGCACCCUCGCCGUGCUGGUCAAAAUGUCUCUGUCAGUGGACCAUGUACCGAUGCUGCUUUGGUCAACUCAGAGAUCACAGUGGAAUCCAGACAGCGCUUUGCAUGAAGGACACGUCAUCUCCGCACAGGAGCUGACUGUACUCUUGCAACCUGUUUUUACCCAGAAUUCCAGAAACCUCAUCUUGUUCCUGCAAGAUACGCUUAGCAUAGAUGAUUUCACAUACCUCAGUGAAUCCUACAGUAAGAAGAAUCCAUUUCAAAACAUUCAGGAAAUUCUUCAGUCUUCUCCUUCAUCUUUAGUUUUGCCAGCUGUUGACUGCGAGGCUACCAGGCAUCUUCUGAGCUUUCUUCAGGAGUCCAGAGACUGGAAGUUAACAAACGUAACUAAUCUCGGUGACUCUCAGCUGGAAGUGAAUACAUCUAAACCGAAUUUACUGGUAGUUCAGCUACAACCACUUGUCAGUGGUUUAAAUGAGAUUUCCACGCUGGAAGCAAUUGCUGAAAAUGACAAAAUAAUUGGAAGACUGACCAUGGAUCUGCAGGAACGAGGGAUUCAUUUUUCAGUAAUUUAUACUGCAGUGAGACCUUCAAGGAUUUCUCGAAGAACUGAUGUAGUCGGGAAAUUAAGACGACAAUUAAUGGCCACUGAGGAAGAAGACACUUUAUCAUAUCCUCCUCUGAAUGUGACCACUGGAAAUAAUAUAUGCAUCCUUUUUUACGCUAGUAAUUUCAGCCUUAAAGCCAACAGUUCGGUUUUUAUAGAUUUGACAAAUACAACAUUUGUAAGGCAGAAUGUGGAUCUUUCAUACUCUGACUGCUCAGACAUCAACACAACACUGUCAUUAAAAUACACAAAGCCAGUGAAUGGAAUCAGCAGCCUAGAGAUAAGGUUUUUAAUGAGCAAUAAGUUCUAUGGAAGCUCGGCUAGAAAUUGGUCCACUUUAGAUUCGGUUGAGAUUGUACAAGAUGAAGGAAAGUUGGCUAAAUUUAAUGUUUCUGUCAUCUCUGCUCCUGCAGAGUAUUCAUUUCAUUGUCAGCUGGUGGGAACAAGCAAUCUCUAUCCUGCAAGGCUGAUUCCAUCCAACGAUGAGGCAAAAAACUGGGAUGUUUUCAUUUCCAGGUUGCAAAUUCAAGGCUUCAACAUUGAAAACAACCAGUUUUCCUACGCAAGUGAUUGUACAGGUUUCUUCACACCUGGAAUCUGGAUGGGGUUGGUAACAUCUAUAGUUUUACUGUGGAUCCUGGCCUAUGGAAUCCAUAUGAUCAUGCAGCUCACAACAAACAGCAGAUUUGAUGAUCCCAAAGGUCCGGCUCUGUCAGUUCCUCAGACAGAAUAGUCAUGGAUUGACUUAAUGCUGCUAUGGCUUUUCCUGGUCUGAUAUUUAUGAUUUUUAUAACCUUUCUACUUCAUAAUAUGUGUAACCUAAAAAGAUAUAAUGGUAGAAAGAGAUAAUUAAAUUACAUAUAAAAAGGAUCCUUAUGCUUGGCAACAAUAAUAAUUCUACUUGUUAUUACUUUCAUUUGUUAACAGCUAUCUGUGUUAAGGUCUAAGGUGAGGCUGUAGAGGUUAUUACUCUAUCUAGCUAUUAGAAAGACCUUUACAAACUGCCUUCAGAUUAACUAUUAUUGGCAAAGAAAGGAUAUCACAACAGAGAUAAAAGGGGAGGAUAAAUAACUUAUUUGAUAGGAAAAUAUAUAUUGUAACUACUGGUCUCUCUAAAGGCUCUUUAGUACACAUCAUGUUGAUGCUACAUCUUAAGGAGGUUGAACUGUGUCUUGUCAUUUUUUCUCUUGAGAAAACCAUCCAGAAAUGUACAGAACUAAUAAAGUAUAAGUCAUUAACUAAA